GGAGGUUUCAGAAUCCGUCCUUUCAUACUAUCUAACCACACGCUAAGACGCCCCCUAAAACGUUCAAAACCAGGACAUAGGUGUUAAUAUUCGCAUCAUUGCCGUCGCAUCAACUGCAGUUGAUAGGCUACCCUGCACCAUUGGAAACAAGAAAUCAGCACUUCUAAAGGGAAUUCACAAGGGAUAAAACUGAGCCAUGGCUGUGCAACAUCAGGUAACCUCGGUGACAACCACUUACAGUUCUGGAGCCUGGAGCACUGGUCUUGGUGACUGCUGUUCAGACAUGGGGACCUGCUGCUGUGCCAUGUUCUGCUUCCCCUGCAUGCAGUGCCAGACGGCCUCUCAACACGGCUGGUGCUUCUGCAUGCCCCUGCUGGACGGGCUCUCCUGCGGAGCCGUCACCAUCUGCUUGCGCAAGUCCAUCCGUGAGAAACACGGCAUCGAGGGUUCGUUGGGUAACGACAUCCUCAUAUCCUGCUGCUGUUACCCUUGCACCUGGUGCCAGAUGUCCAGGGAGCUGAAGAACCGCUCCUAAACCACCACCACAGUUACCCGCUGUAGAAAGACACAGAGAUCGAUCGUAGAAGAGGGCAUAGAUACAGUACACAAGCCGUUAGAGACCUAAAGUACUCACUCACUCUCUCUCUUUCUCUGUCACACACACACACACACACACACACACACACACACACACACAAUCCACGUGAGGGAGGACUUCAAAACCAAAGUUAAAGAUAUGUUAACCAGUUGUAUUUCUCCAGUUCUCCAGACUGUGGGUAGAAAUGUGAUACCUUCGACCCAGUCUGGCCCACAAACCGAAUUAGCCAUUAGAGGUAGCCUGGCUAGCGCCUACCACGUUAUAAGAAUCCUCUUCUUCUAAAAUAUCCUCAUUAUAGCCUGAAAUUUGACAGCAGCAAAUUCAGGCUGGAGAUAUGCCUGGUUAAGAUGUGCUCGGGCCAAUCAAAUCGUUUAUGCUUCAUGUGAUGAGGAACAGAUGAAGCCGUCACCCACAUCAGCUUAGCUGAGUUGAGUCUGGCCAUGCUCUCCUUAUUAGGUAACUAUCUUACAUUAUCGCAUAGUAGAGUCAUAAUCAAGUUAUCAGUAAUGCUUUGAGAAAUACAACAGGAAGACUACACCUCUUAUGGCCUUAACAUUGCCACACACAAGACCUUACACACAGACCACACAGUGCUGGCAUCUAGUAUACAAUAAAAGUAUAUAAAAGAAAGUACACUUGAAUAACUCUGCAUGAAAUGUCUACUUACUUUCAUACUCUUUCAUACUAUGUUUUCAAAGUACAAUGUAUGUUUUCAUAGUACAAUGUAUACAAUAAACGAAACACGAUGUUGCA